AUGGACUCCAAAUAUGCAGGAGGAAGUCAACUUAUGCAUUUUUUGACCGAUGAGACCGGUUCCAGAUGUGGAGACUUUACAUUUAACGAGCAUGACCUAGUGUUAAUGUGUUCCCGCGAAGUAAAUCUGAACGAUCAACCGGCCCAGGUUAUGGUGAGUCACCCGAAAAUUCCCGGUCUAUCGUGGGUCAUUUUUUUUUACCAAACUGGCCCUAACCAAUAUCAGCCACGAAUUGCUUACGACUUUCCAAGCUAUUUGCGGGGUGAUUGCGAAAUCUGUAUUCAAUUUGCCGGCAUGCAUUGGAUUGUGAAGCAUAAGUUUGAAGGAAGCUCCUGGUUAACAACCUCACUGCCGCCAAAAGUUAUGAACGAACGUUGGGUCACACUUGGAACCGUAAAAAAAGCGGAUGUUCGCAUAAAUAUAACCAAAAUUUGGUUUAAAUUUGCCUUGUUUACGGCUUGUUGCCACCCUAUCAAGACAAAAAGAACCGUGCGCCUUCCGAACUUUACCGCGCCAGAUCACUUUGCGGAUGUACAACUUGUGCCACAGGAUCCUAACAAUAGACGGCUCUUCGCACACCGUCAAGUCUUGGCCAUGAAUUCACCCUGGUUUUAUGAACGUUUUAGACAUGCGGCUAAUCUCAAUUCGGGUGAUGUUGGUCCGAUUAUCUCAAUUCCAUUCACUUUUGCUGACGUCCACAAUUUCCUCCGCUUCAUUUACCCUAAUACCGAUUUCCAAAUUGAUGCCCAGAACGUAGAGGGCCUCAUGGAUAUGGCCAAGGAGUAUCAGGUACCUUAUGUAAUUAGGCAAUGCGAGAAGUUCCUCUACAUGUACAUGGAGGGUGGUUCGGCAGUUCUUGCAUAUUAUCUUGGUCGCAAGCAUGAACUGCCAGCUCUUCAAGACGCGGCAUUGCUUCACCUGGCUGAAUUAAAUGCAUCUCAGUUGCGGUCACGGAUCGCCCUCGAUAUGAAGGGUAAGAGCCCAGAUACACAGGAGAUACUUCUCAACGACCUAUGUGUUCGUCUUUCUGGUUAA